GGUGGUUAUUUCUCUCAAGUUCGUAACACUAAGAAAUCAUCUCAGCGUUUACGUGAAGCACUAGUUGAUUCUAAUCUCUGUCUCCCACUGUGUCUACUGACAGCUCAACAAAGAGACUAUUCCAAGGACUUAUCGACACAAUUAUCCAGUGUUAAAAAGGUACAGGUCGAUAUUUUAGCUAUAAGAUUCGAGAAUCAUGUUAACACUGAUUCUGAUCACAUUGAUUCUGAUCACACUGAUCUGAUCAUAGUCCUUAACGUCUUAGUUCAAAUGCAUUCAGUUUGUGAGCCACGUCAUCCAUUGCAAAGAACAAUUGCAAGUACCAUUACAGCUGUAUGGCAAUUCAAACCUCUACUAAUCGAGGCGGCCAUUUUGAAUACAUUAAAUGGAUUAAUUAAUACAGUGGGUGUGGCUAGUGAACUAAUUGAUUACGUCCAGUCAUUAAUGGAGUACUAUCCUCCUGGGGGGAGGGUACUCCAUAUUGCUCUGCCACAAGUUAUUAAUUGGCUAACCUUGUCAUUUAAAGAAUACUGGAAAUCUUUUUUAAAGUCGAUUGAAUUUCAAAAUCUUCUAUUUUCACUUUCUAAAGUUUUACUUAACAUUCUUCAUUUUUGUAACCGUCUACUAGUGGCUCUAAUCCAGUCGUGUGACUCUGGAUCGUGUGACCUUGAUGACAUCAUCAUUACAUCAUCAAAGAACCUAAUGGUACGCCCAAGUGAAAUCAACUGGUCGAAUGCGAGGGACACUGGUCAACUGGUAGAACAACUUAAAGAAAUACAAAUAUUGACAGAUAAUAUCCUGCAAGAAACAAGUAUUCAAAUUUCAAGAGACACUCGUAUUUCGGUUGCCAUGGUCUCCAUUGUUGUCACAGCAACCCUCUCUCCUUCUCUUCAACCCGUUCUCCCUCCACUAGCAAAGAAGUGGCUCACAAAAGGAGAUUACUCCUAUCCUCCAUUAAGCAGACUAGCACUAGUCCAUGGGCUGUUGGCUAAGUCGUCAGGAAAAGAUUU